GCUAUUGAUGAUCAGCAAGCGUAAAGAGCUAAAAGUGAUGUUAAUAUAUUAACUUGUUUACUUUAUACAAGAAAGUUGUACGUAGUGUAUUUAUAUUAUUUAUACUGCAUAAUUAUUAGUUCUGAUGCGGAAUACAGUGUUAGAAGAUUAAAUUUCAAGAGAAAUAAUGUAACUGACAAGGCAGUUUAUGUAAAAAAACACAUAGAGAGGUUUACAAAUAUUUGUCAGACAUGGAUCACACUGUUAAACGCACGUUAUCGUUAGAAACAGAUAUUUCCUUUUUGUUGGAAAACCUUCGAAUCUCAUCAGUUAGAGGUAUAAUACUGGCAAUGGUGUUUGCACUUGUGGUGGCCGUCGUAUUUCACACAUUGAAUUUUAUACUUCAUUUCAGAGAAAGACACGUUUUAAACAGAAAGUCCAAUUGUUAUUAUUUUGCAACAACAGUUUUCCACACGAUAUCAGCGUUCCUUGCUUACGUCAUGGUUUAUUGUGUUAUGACGUAUAACGUCUGGCUGUUGGUUUCUAUCCUUCUUGGAUCUGGCAUAGGACAACUUAUCAUUGGACCAUUUAUAUCUAUUCGGCUUGAAAACAGCUACAUUUCUGCAAAGAACGAGUCCAAUGAUGUACUUACCGACCUUCUACCGGAAUAUGAUACUGAUAAUAUUAAUGAUGAUGUGAAUAAUCGCAACCUUGAUCCUGGUAGACAAAAUGGUGCUGUGAAACCAAAUUCAACUCCCAUUGAACUGAAAGAUUUCAUUAUCAACAAACCGAAUGAAUCCGGUUAUAAGAGUUACAAUAGGAAUAACUUGUUACCAUUUACCGAGGUCGACGAUGAUCAAAAGUCGGAGUACGAUAGUCUUAUAAGUGAUGUUUAACUUUUUAUUUCACGUUUUUAGCUCUCCUCGACUAUAGAUAGAAGAAUGGGGAGAGCUAUUGUACUCACACAGGUGUCGGCGUCACACUAAUGUGCAAGUUGGUAUCUCAAAAGUUUCUGAAGGGACAGAAUUACUGCCCUUUUUCAACUUAGAAAAUUGUACAUUACCCAAGCUCUUGUUUUAGUGUGGUCGAUGGGGAUGUCUUCCCGACAGCAUUUGUUAACAUAUGGUCUAAUAAUUCAUUCAAUUUAGAAAAACCCUUUUUUCUUGCACCUGAAUAUAAGAUGUAUAUAGGAAGGUUUAGUAAAUGUUCUAUACAGUACACUUUUUAGUUUAAUAGAUAUUUGAAUAAAUUACUUUUCAUGCCUAUACUUAUAUGUUACAAAUAAGCUUUAUUUUUUUUGACGUCAAUACUAAUAAAUUAUAUAUAAUGCUAAUGACGUUGUCACGUACAUACAGCACGUAUGCGCAUUACUGCUUUUGCUUAUAUUUGCAUGUGUUAGUCAUGUUUGAUUGUUAAAAUGUUUUUCUUGUAAAGGACUUAUACUGUACUUUAGAAGUGUUUGUAAUAUUAACUUUUAAUAAAGUGCAUGUUUAAUUCUGUG